GCGAGCCGGAUAUUGAUGGUGCUUUCCGCAUCAGCGGUUCGGAGGCCAGAGCCGAGUGCACUUGGGUGCGUGUACGCUUGGAAGGGGCCAGGCAGGAGAGGUCAACACCCUAAAUAACCCAGCGGGAAUCUUUUGAUCUUGGCCACGCAUUCUAUUCUUCUUCAACACACGUUAGGAUAAUUGAACUAUCUCCGAAAACAUGACUCUCAGAACCUUCCUGGCGAGUCUGCUGCUCGCUGCAUCAACCUUCGCCCACCCCGGCCAUGAAGAGGUCUACGCACACGCUGCCCUCCCGCUCGAGCGCAAGUCCCUCGACCACUGUUCGGCCGAGUUCAACAACCCCGAGUUCAUCAAAAGAACAGUGGAGAUCCAUGGACGGGAGCUGGCGCGGCUGAGGCGGUCGCUGGGCCUGGAAGUCGAGCAGAACUUGCAAAAGCGAGAGCUGCGCCCGCGCGAUUAUAUCUCGGUGUCCCGCAUUGACCACAAGAGCAACAAGACGGUCUCCAAGGGGAUGGACCUUAGCACGCUGUUCUCGGAUUCCGGCGCCUGCAUGCUGAUGCCCGCUGUCGACCAGGGCCCGCUGUACGUGAAAGGAGAGGAGAUCAGGAAGGACAUCACUGGCGGGGAGAAGGGUAUUCCCCUGACGCUGGCCAUUCAGGUCGUCGACUACCGGACCUGCCAGACGGUGCCCAACGCCUAUGUCGACAUCUGGAGCUCUAACUCGACCGGCAUAUAUGUCGGCGUGCAGGGCUAUCCCGGCAUGGGCGACCCGAACGACGCCUCGAUUUUGCAGGGCACCACACUGCGCGGCGUGCAGCCGACCGACUCGCACGGCGUCGCCUCGUUCGACUCGCUGUUCCCGGGCCACUACGAGGGACGCGCCACCCACAUCCAUGCCAUCGUCUACCUCGGCGCGACCAAACAACCGAACAACACCAUCACGGGCGGCCGCGCGGCGCACAUCGGGCAGCUGUACUUUGACCAGUCGCUCAUCACGGCCGCGAACCAGGUGGCGCCAUACAGCACCAACAGGAUGCGCGUGACGCAGAACACGGCCGACUUCCUCUUCAUGCAGGGCGCUAACGGCGACGAUCCGAUCGUGCGGUACGCGCUGGUCGGCAACCGGCUCGAGGACGGCCUAUUUGCCUGGAUCCGCUUCGGCAUCAACCAGCAGGCCAACAAGCCCGUCAACCCGGCCGCCUUCUGGACCGACAAGGGCGGCGUCAUGAAUCCUAGUGGGCCCGUCGCGCAGUUGCCCGGCGGCGGCGGCGGUGGUGGUGGGUUCGGUGGCUGGCCUGGGUUUGGUGGUGGCAGGAAGAGGGCUGUUGCUGCUGUUGCAGAGGAGGUGGUGGCGAGCGAGCAGGAUGCGGAGUGAAGCUUGGAAGCGGGGGAAGAUGGGUUGGUUGGUGGGAUGUUAAGGGGGAUGAAGCUUUUGUUGGUGCCG